ACACGCCUUCUGCUGCCGACCCACUUUUUUAUAUUUUAACAGACUGUGUUCCCUCUGACAUCAGCCAAAGUUUGAGCUUUACGCUCUUUAAAACUUUCUUUCCUCCCCCAACUUUACGCGUUAUUCAAACAGCACAUCGGAUGAACAUGUAGAGAUGGAUUUUAUGAAGUUAUUUGGCUCCGUCAUCGCCGUGUUGUUCCACCAGGGAUCCGCUUCAAAAAUACAUGGGGAGAGAAUUUGUCGCCGUGGAACGGAGCGCCCGUGCUACAAGGCCUUCUACUUCCAGGACAUCAGGCGGAGGCUGAGCUUUGAGGAUGCYAGGCAGUCCUGUCGGUCGGAUGGUGGCGAGUUGCUCAGCAUCGAGACAGAGAGCGAGCAGCGACUUAUAGAGAGGUUCAUCCAAGAGCUGAAAGUCAGAGAUGGCGAUUUCUGGAUCGGGCUCCGCCGCAGCCCUCAGCCUCACAGGGCAGGGAACACUGGUCCAGGCUGCCCCUCUCAGUACUAUUGGUUGGAUGGAAGCAAGGCCAAGUACAGGAACUGGCACUGGGAUGAGCCGUCAUGUGGUACUGGCAUGUGUGCAGUUUUGUACCACCAGCCCUCUGCACCGCGUGAUGAAGACGGUCAUUUCCUCUUCCAGUGGAACGAUGACAACUGCAGCUCUAAAAACAACUUUGUCUGCAAAUACCGGGAAGAGAAAGUACCGGUAUUUACAGGGGAUAGGAUAACAGCAAAACCAGUCCCAUCUCUGAGGCCAAGCAUAUCAUCAACUACGAAAAGUAAUGAUAACAUAGAAAUCAGAUUUCCUGAGUCAUCAGUAUCUUUGUCAGAAACCCCUCUCUAUGUGURCUACAUCCUCUAUGCCACUAUUCCUGUCCUACUACUGCUGCUGUUUGCAGCUGCCGGUUUCUUCUGCUACAGACAACAUGCAAAAAGGAGGAAGACAGAAACAGAAARUUGCUCCAGCAGAUCAAAGCAGUGGCUGUCAACAGCUGCCUCACCUUGCCCCGUGCAGGGACCUUAUGCUUUCAGCGACGUCACCAAACUGCCUCUGGAUUGCCGAACGUCAGCRGAGAUCAUGAAAAAAUACUCCUGUGGUCCUUCACAUGACUCCCAGUGUGGRGAUUAUGAGAAUGUGACAUGCUCGGACAAGGAGAGCGGCUUUGUGACCAAUGACAUCUACGAGACUUGCAGAGGUCAGAGUCGGCGCUGUUGCGGUCAGACGGGAUGGGUGGAAAACGAGAUCUAUGGAUAAUACUAAUAAAUACUGUGGACAGCUAUAACUCCAUUAAAGAGGACAAGUUACAUUUCUAUAUCCCUAGCUUGCUACUUGUUGGUUAACUGUGUGGUACGAGAUCACUAAACCCACAGCUGCGUUUGUGGGCCUUAUAUGGACUGGUUAUCUAUCACCUGUGUGUCUCUCAGGUUCUGCAAACAGAACAUCUUGUGCCUUUUUUUUUCAGCUUUGAAUUCAUUUGUAUGUGUUCAACAUGUCAAAUCAUUUAAUUAAAUGCUAAUAUCAUUCAAAGCAGAUACCCACCACCAUGUUAAUGUUAUUCUGAGUUUAAGAAAUAGCAGGUCAAAGGAAUAAUUUAGCUCUUUUAAAGUGGGCUUUUGUUUAAAAGGUUAUAAAUAUCUUACCUGUGGUAGAUGCAUAGAUCUAUUUCCAAACUCAAUUUGAAAAGGAAGUACGUUUUAGAAUUGACAAGCUGAUGGCUAUUCCAUUAUCUUGAAUUAUUAUAGGUUUUAUUGGGCAUUUUGUUUAACAUUAAGUGGACAGUAUGUGGUUACGUGAUCAACAAGCAGUUCUAUGGGGAACACAAAGACAAUCAGCUAAUGUUUUGAGAUCCCAMUGGAUUACUAUUAAAUAAAUUGGCUCAAAAAUGCAGAUGUUACUUUUUAAACUAAGAAUCCACCUCAUGGUUUCAGAUUUUUUUUUCAAAAUAAGGUGUUAAACAUCAACAAAAAAAACCCUGAAAUGUUUCAAAGUUCUAAAAAAUAAUGAAAUGUUUAUGAGUUUGGAGAUCACAUURAUAACCCUGGGAGGAUAACUUGUAAACAAUCCAGAAUGAAGUUACUCWGUCAUUUACAGAAAGUUUCAUCAGAUUUAUUGUGACUCAAAUACAAAAGUGUAAAUUUAGGACCCUGAAUAGAUCUUUUUUGGCUCUUUGAUGUGAUGGGGGUUCUUCCUGUUUGGGGACUAUUUCAACCUUGUAUCUAUAGUGGUCGUCCCUGUGUAKGGCUUCCUGUUUGGGCCCUGACCUCACAGAACAGGACAGUCUAAUCGGAAGCACCGAUGACAGACAUCUGCUGACUAAAGAGGACCUCGACGCUGGGGUUUUUGCUGACCGUAUGAGAUUACAAGACAAGACUUUUUCAGUGUGACCAGUUAUCAUCAAAGGAGAUGAGCAAUAACGUGUUUGCUUGUGUGUGUAUGUUUGUCUGUCUGUUAGCAAUUAUCUCAUGACCCAGUGGACAAGUUUUAAUGAAACUGAGAACAUUUUUAUUGAAUUUUCAUCUACAGCUGUUUAACGUUUGGAGUUAGUGCAAGUGAAGAUGGCCACCACAGCAAAACAAUCUCAAAAAUGCUAAUUCUAAUUUACAACACGUGAUGAUGGAAAUAUUUAGUUUUAAACUGUGAAUGCAUGCCUCUUAUAAAUACACAAAAUCUGCACAUGCAUACUUUUAAAUACAGACAUUUGUGUGUUGUUGUUAUCCCACCCCCACCACCUUUUCUGAGUAUGCACUGGGGGGGGGGGGCUGUUUUUGUUAGUGAUUUGGAAAGAUGUAGCAACUCCAGUAAGGAGAGGCUGUGUGUGUUCUUUGAGAAAAUCAGACAGGAAAUGCCUAAAGCACAUCUGGAACUCUUACAUUCAGGAAGUCUGUGCGUGACAGCAGAGGCCUUGGGAGCUGUGCGCUUGCUCUGCCUGCUUAGCAGUCCAUUCUGUUCUCUUUUUUAAAAAAAAAAAAAGACUCACAGCACACAGCAUGAYGAGAACGUUGCUGGGUGUGAGCGUGGGCUGGGAUUCAAGCAUGAAAAUAAUUUUUAAGGAUUUGGUCACAGGAUGUUGCGGUUGCUUUCUUUAUUUGAUAAUAAAUGCAUUUGUACUUGUA